AUUCUUAGAAAAAUGGAUCGGAGUGAAAAAAAGUCUCGCUCUCUUCUCUCUCUAACAUUCUUCAGAGAGGGAGACUUUAUCCUUAUUCUGCCGUUCGGACGUGGUCCGAUAUCGCCGUUAGUUUAGCCGUGACACGGCUUUCCGUUGCCGCGUUCUUUGUCGUCCGGUUUCAUGCCGGCUUAUGUACCAAAUCUCCGCGAUGGUCAGCUCUCGUCUAGCACCGCUUAGCUUCUUCAGCAACGGUGGCUAGCUCUUGCCCGGCACGACCGGCUAUUCUAGCGGUCAUGGCCGGUUUAUGUUCUUCUUUAAUUUCUGAAUUUUGUUUUAGUUUUGCUAAUAAUCUCAUCGGAUUUAUGUUGGGGGUAAUAAUCUGUCAUAUCCUCGAUGGUUCUUUUCCCUCUCUAUCCUUUGAGUUUUCAAGAUGGGUUUCGCCGGAUCGUUUUUUGAACUUAGGAUUUACAUAAUGGUUUCAAAGAAAUUUUUCUCUUUUGUUGAAGGAUUGAAGAUUCUUCCGUCGUUUAUCACGAUUCCUUAAGCCGUUAUCUUUAAUUUGGAGCUUUGAUGUUUUCAUUCUGGUGCAAAACACAAGAAUCAUCUCACCGGAAUCAGCUCAACGGCGAAGGUUGUUGCCGGAAAACUUUUGAUUAUUCAUCCAGCGUGUGACGUGGUAUAUCCCGGUUGUCGACAUGUGUUCAUGGAUGGAGUUCCGAUAGAAUUUCUUCUGCAGAAGGUUAUCUAAUGGGCCUUUUUUGGGCUUUAUGUAAUUCCAAAGUUGGAGCUUUUGUUUAAGCUCUUGUAUGAUAUGAUGAUGUUUAAUAAAACUUAUGAGACAAAAAAAAAAAACUUAUUCUUAGAAUAUUUUCUGGGAAUAGCUUUGGAGGAUUGAGAUACUCUGCAUCAAAGCUCUUUGAAAUUGCUUUUGCCUAAGUUCAGAGCUUGAGGCACUUGUAGUCUAUAAAGUUGUUG